AUGUCUGCCACCAAGACUGGUAUCAAAGUAAUCAUCGUUGGUGCCGGAUUUGCUGGCCUCACAGCAGCGAUUGAGUGCCAUCGCCAAGGUCAUGACGUCGAGAUCUACGAAAAUUUUCCAGAGCUCAAGACGCUUGGCGACAUCAUCUCCUUCGGCGCCAAUGCUGGCCGCAUUUUUCACCGAUGGAACAACGGUGAGGUGGUGAAGCGGAUGAAAGCCCUCUGCAUCGACUUGUCAGAUUAUGGCUUCCGCAUUCACAAAUGGGACACCGGCGAGGUCGUCUACCACCAGCCCCCUCAUCAAGACAAGCCAGAUGCUCCCGUGUUGAAUGGACACCGGGGAGAGUUGCAUGAGAUUGUGUUUCACUAUGCGAAGGAUGAGCUGGGAAUUCCGAUUCAUUUGGGUCAUCGCGUUGAGGAGUACUUCGAAGAUGAGAGCAAAGCAGGCAUCAUCCUGAAAAAUGGCGAGAGAGUCUAUGCUGAUGUCGUCAUUGGUGCUGAUGGUGUCCGGUCUAAAGCCAGGGAACGGGUUCUUGGCUAUGUCGACAAGCCCAAGAGCAGCGGUUAUGCCGUUUGGCGUGCUUGGUUCUCAAACACAGACAUGAUCAAAGACCCCCGCACUCGCGAGUUCUGCGCCAACGGCGACACUUUCAAUGGCUGGAUCGGUCCCGACUGCCAUUUCCUCUUCAGCACGCUAAAAGGGGGCAAAGAUUGUUGUUGGGUGCUGACUCACCCGGACGAACAUGACAUUGAUGAGUCAUGGUCAUUCCCUGGGAAGCUGGAAGAUGUUUACAAGGUUCUCGAGGGCUGGGAUCCUGUUUGCAAAGCCAUCGUCGAGAAGACGCCCAGCUUGGUGGAUUGGAAGUUGGUGUACCGUGACCCACUGCCAACUUGGGUCAGCAGGCACGCGAGGAUCCUUCUCAUUGGCGAUGCGGCGCACCCCUUCUUGCCGACCAGCGCUCAAGGGGCCACUCAAGCCAUGGAGGACGGCGUGACGAUCGCGGUUUGCCUCAAGCGCGCCGGUAAGGCCAACGUCCAAGCUGCUGUCCGCGUUUACCAGGAAAUCCGGUAUGACCGUGUGCGGGCCGUUCAGAAGACAGGAGAGUCAACCCGUGACAAGUGGCAUAAGACAGACUGGGAUAAGGUCAAGGCAGAUCCCAAGAGCAUCGAGUUCCCUCGGGAAGACUGGAUCCACGGACACGAUGCUGAGAAGCAUGCCGAAAAGGUGUUUGAUGAGGUCUUUAAGAAGGUGACACAACCGGAGUUGUUUGAUAAUGUCAGGUUGCUCCCUGUUGGGCCCAUUGCAGUUACGGUAUAG